AUGCCACGAUUCACAUUAAUGUCAUCCGCGCUGCUGUUGGAAAGCGCAAAAGCGACGUCAAUCCUCCUUGCAUCUGAGGUGCGUCUCCCGCGGGAGGAUGUGGGUGCGGCCUUUGAGUCCAUUGGUGCUGCUGAGAAAGGCUACGAGGUGAUGUACACGGUUACCGUCGUUGACAACCGCGACUGGCGUCGGAUUUUUCUUUGCCGCAACGCAACUGAAGCGACAAAAGUUCGGGAUUCUUUUGACGAGGCCCAAUUUGACGUCUACGCGCUGCGGAAGUACAACGACGCAAGGAAGUUUGAGCCGCGGCGGUCUGUCCCCCUGUUGGUGCCCUCAUCUGCUGUCAUGCAGCGCGAGUACCGUGUGGUGACGCGAGAAGAGGCGGCAUCGCGUGUCGAGGGUAAAAGCGGGGUGCAGGAGUCCAUGAAAACGGCGAAUACAUCCCUGAAUUGCAGUGGGGAACCAAUGACACGGGAUGCAGCACCGCAGGAGAAACCGACAAUCGUCAACAACGUGAGUAUGGGGAACAAACUGCCGCCGCCACCGCCACCGCCGCCAAACGAGUCUUGCCGGUCACCGAUAAGGAGUCCACAAACACUCUUGAAAACCCCGCUGAGUGGUAAGAAACACACUCGAACGGCAGAUACUGCGAAGAAGCAGUCGGAGGCAAAUUUGAAGAAGCCCUGCGUCAGAAACAAAAAGAAAGGGAAAUUUGAAGAGACCAGAAGUCUCAUGAAAUUGGCCAAGGCGUCAGCGAAGAAGAAGACUGGAAGUGACUCUUCACGCAUCAGUGGGCCGACGACUGCCAACACUACCACCACUGUUGCCUGCAGUUCCAUUCUGCAGAAUCUUCUUGACAAGGAUGAAGAGAAGGGUGAUCAUUGCAGCAACAGCAGCAGCAGCGGUAUAAGCUUUGAGCGCCGCGACGAGGAACUUAUGGAUGAGGAACUCCCUACUCUUGAUGUUGCUGUUUCUUCAAAGGAAAAUGAUGACAUCAUUCUCUGCGACGAUGCUCCGCCAAUGGUAUUUUGCACCCCGGAGCCUGUUGCCGGUACCUCAAAAAAGGAACAACAACAAAUACAGCACAAUCAAAGACGACACGAAAGUCUGGGCUCUGCUACCCAACCGAAGCUGACGGGGUUCUUUCAGCGUGAUGUUAUUGAGUAUCAGAAACAGUACAUACGUGAGGUGAUGACCGAUACCGUAAUUGAAAAUGGUGAGUACUUCUGCAAAGACAAGGUGUGCUUCCGCCAUAAAGAAAACAAAGAAGUUAUUUCAGAGGAGGAAUUUUAUCGGCGUAGCGCGGACAUUAUGCGUAGCGUCCGUUCCGAUUCCCAAAAUGUUAACUCCAAUGAUCGUGAUACUACUGGCCAAGGUAGCCCUUCUACCCCCGCCGGUAGUCUGAAGCGUGUCUCCGCGGAGGCGGCAAGAGGUAGCAAGCCGCCGAAAAUAGAGAAACAGUUACGUUCACAACCCAAAACGCUCUUCUCCUAUUUUAAACCCACCUCUUCGUGA